CAUUUUUAUCGCAGUUGGUUUUUGAGUUCCUUUCCUACUUUAAUUUCUAAAUUUAUUAGUACUAACGGCUCAUUGAGCACCCUGCUUUAGGGUUUUCAGAAUGAGCACUAGUGCAUUGGUUGCAGAAAAGGUGUGGGAAGGUAUCCAAUCAACUCAUUCAGUGAACGAUGACCAAGUUUCAAUAUUGCAUUUCUUAUUUGGGAAAAAUUUGGAGCGAGCAAUGAGGAUAGUUGAUCAAAGAGGCGUAAAAAGGAUCUUGGGCAAACCCAGUGGUCGUUCCAUCUUUCAGGUUGUCGGAGAGUCAAAGAGGAAGGAGGAAUAUCUAUGCUUUCCAGAACAUUAUUGUGCUUGUUAUUCCUUCUUCUAUGACAUUGUAAACAGAGGGGAACAGCUUUGUUGUAAGCAUCAAUUAGCUGCCAGACUUGCUUCUUCGUUGGGAGCAUGUGUUGAUUUUAGGAUCUCUGAUGAUGAGCUUGCUCUCAUGCUCUCCCAGCUUUGAAUGUGCAAAUUUCCAGCUCUAUAUUGCAGGUUGAAGCAUCAUCUUAUCCUACAAGAAAUCCAACGAUCAUGCGUUAUAGUUCUCAAUGAUGAGGUUCUGGACUUUGGAACUAUUGCUUUACUUUAUGAAGACCAUAUUCUUUCGGAAUUUACAACAAAGUAAUCAGAUAUAAUGGCGCCAAUCAUCGAAUUCUCUUGCAUUGCACCUGGUGUACUUGUGUAACUAUGUGGCCCGAAGGGGGAUCGAGGGAUCAGUAUUUGAUCUCGAUUUUGAUUGAUGUGCAUAGUUAAAAAAACAUCUUGCGAUAUCAUUGUUUCAAAAAAAUAUACAUAGUACAGAAACAUCUAAAGCUGUCACUAUUUCAGAAAA